CAUACAGACGCGAAGAACGGUGCGCCUGCGCAGAAAUCGAUUCAAUUUUGUGAACAUAAAGUCGUAAAGUGGUUCUUACAGCGCUGCGUUUAUUAUAACGGUAUUAAGAAUAGUUGCAUAAGCAGAAAAAGCAAAGACUAAGAUUACCUAACCGCAUAAUAACAAUCAAUCAGUCCAUCGGUUACGCUGCUUAUAUUGUCUACACACACAAAAUAUGGCUCAACUGUUGCAUCACUUUGUUGUGGUUCUGCUCGUCAGUCUGAGUGCCGUCUCUUUGGCCUGGGGACGAGCGACUAAAACAAAGGCGACGGCAGCGCCGCUGGCAGAUAACAGCAAACAAUUGUUUGUCUUCGGCAGCGGCAAGGAGACGAGUCCGCCAAAUUUUGUGCGCCUGGUCGUCAUGCGACUCAUUUAUGGACUCGCCUCGACAAUGGGUCUGGAGGAGCGACUGGAAGAUGCCUUCAAUGGCGCCUUUGUGCCGCCCAAUGCCGAUGGUGGUGGUCUCUUUAGUUUCGGCGGUUACGAUGACGAUGAUGAUGGUGGCGACUUUGGUGCGCUCUUCGAUGAUAUCUAAAGCGGCAUCGAACCAACGAAGUAACGGUGUCGUGUGCCCUGUAUGCCGUGUAAUAAUUAUUACGUUCAAUUAUAAUUUAACUUUCGAAUCGGCUUUCAUUGGCGUAUAUACGCACAUAUUUACACCUUCAUGUGUGUGUAUGUAGGUCAAAGUGUGCACGAAGAGAAAGAUAGUGUGACCAAAAAUAUUAAAUUAUUUUAAAUUAAUUUAAAUUAUUUAUUUUAUGUAAGUGUAGCUAUUUAAUGAAUAGUCCAUAAGUAAAAAACAAAUUUGUAAAUUCUAAUUAUGUCAUUUGAUAAAAACGCAAACGCUGGAAAAGUGUUACGAAAGUGGCGAAAAAACCAAUAAAAAUACAUACAAACGUAUAACUGAA